AUGCUUGCUGUACUAUGUUACGAAAUAUUAGCCGGCGUUUGUUUGAUAUCAGAUGGACAUGCGAAAGUAUUGAACGCUUUAACUGAACUUCAAGAAAUCCUCGGAGAAAGAACAAGAUUCCAGAGAAUUGUCGAUGAUAUCUACCGGAAGUACCGAAGCGAUCGAGAGACUGAACGAGUCCGUAUCGCAGCAAUGAGUUUAAUUAAUGCGCUGCUAAGUAGUGGUCCUGCCGAACAUUCGCUGGAAUUUCGGAUGCAUUUACGAAUUGAAUUGCUUAUGUUGGGUUUACAUAACGUUUUGAAGCAGUUACGCAACUCGUCAUCCACCGCCUUAAAUAAUCACUUGGAUUUAUUUGAGAUGAGUCGUCAAGAAGACGAACAACAUUUUGCCAGAAAUGAUUUUGAUCCAUCACCUCCAACUGAUACAGAUAAUCCGGUGGAUAUUGUGGAAGUUUUGAUGCGCAGACUAAAUACUUCUAUUGCAAUGCCUCAUUUCAUUUCAAUUUUACAACGUUUCUUGCUUGUACCAUCAGAUGAUAAGCAUGUUUAUUUAUGGAGGUUAUUUGAUAUUGUACUGCAACAGUUAAUUUUGCAAGCGAAAAUAGAUCCGUAUCCUGAUGUUCGAGAUCCAGUCAUAAAAGUCGACAUGAACGAAGCUUUAUCUAAAUUACAUACACAGCACGAAUAUGACAACCUUGAAAAAAUGUAUUCUGAAUUAGAAGAAGAACUUCGUCAAGAACGAUUGAAUGUGAUAGACUUGCAAAGUCGUUUGGCUGAUUGCGAUGGUCGUUCUACGUAUUCCAGGCGUGACACUCAAUUAAUUUAUAAAUUCAUUUAUAAUCCAUGCAAAUGCACUAAUAAUUUAAAUUUUUUGCCAUUUAUUAAAUUGAUGAGCUUAGCAGACAAGUGUUUCAGAAGCAGUGCAGAUUCAACAGAUUCUGCUUUGCCAUCGGAUCCAUCUCAGUCACCUAGUCCAUCAUCUUUGGUACCUCCAAUGUGUCCACCACUCGCACCUCCACCACCACCGCCACUAUCAUCGUUAAAGCUUGGUUUACACAGUACUCGGCUAGGUAUUGAAGCAAUCGCUGAUAUCGAUGCAAAUAAAAAAAAUAUACCAAAAUCAGUGCUGCAGUUGAAAACUCUUAAUUGGAUACCAAUUCCGAAACCACAAACGUUUGGCACUAUUUGGGAAAGUAUCGACGAAGAAAAUAUAUAUUCGCAGGCUAGAUGUAUUGAUUUGGAUGAUUUCACGCAAAAUUUUGUACUUGCAAAAGCAUCAGCAGAGGAAACGGAACAAAUCAGUGAAACAUUACGUAGAAAGUAUCGAGCAGAAACGUUACUUUCAAUCAUUGAACCACGUCGUGCUCAAAAUUGUACAAUUAUGUUGUCAAAGCUUCGAAUGUCGAAUAAGCAAAUCAAACGGGCAAUAUUAUCCAUGGAUCAGUAUAGUGAACUACCGCGUGAUAUGAUCGAGCAGAUUUUAAAAUUUAUGCCUAGUAAAGAGGAAAAGUCAAAAUUGCACGCCAUCGUCGAUAAAUACAAAACUGCAAGUGUCUUAGCAGUUGCAGACCGUUUCCUGUAUGAAAUCAGCAACGUUUCACGGUAUGAACAACGAUUACGCUGCCUUCAUAUCAUUAGCACGUAUCACGAGCGCGCGGAUGACGUUAGCAAAACAAUCGAAACUGUAAAAAAUGCUUCUAUAGCUGUAAUGAGAAGCGAACGUUUAAGACAAUUAUUACGUCUUAUUCUUGCAUUGGGUAACUUUCUGAAUCGUGGAAAACGGAAUGGAAACGCUUAUGGAUUUACUUUGGGCUCCUUACGUGUACUCACAGAUGUACGCAAUUCACAACGACAUGAUCGGAAUUUAUUGCACUACAUCGUCAAGCAUAUGGAAAGUAAACAACCGGAAGUAUUACGUCUUAAGCGUGAUUUAGAAAUUGUAUAUCAGGCUGCCAAACAUAACCGUAAAGAGCUUGAAAAAGAAUUUUGCUCAUUACGCAAGUCUAUAACAAUUGUUAUGGAAGAAUUACAAGUGAAUCAAACAAUUGAUAGCAGUAAUACGUGGGAAAAUGAAUGUAGUGCAGGCGUGAAUUCGUUCAUUCCUGUUCUUAAAAAAUUUCUUGAAGAUACUAAAAAUGACUUUGCUCAGAUUGAAAAGCAGUACGAUGAAAUGAACACAAAAUUUCGAAUUUGCGUAAGACUGUUUGCGGAAGAGCCAAAGCUAACUUCAUUUGAUGAUUUUUUCGGCGUAUUCUCGAAGUUUAUAACAGCGCUAACCGAAUGCCGUCAACAGUUAUGGGAAGAACGAGAAAAUCUAGAAAGAAUUAGGAAGCAAACAUUAACUAGAUCAAUCUUAACUUCUAAAUGCAUGUUUUUUGUUAACUUUCAAAUCGCUUUAAAAAUUUUUAAUUUUACAGCGCGUCGACGUGAUAAUCGUAGUCGUGACUUCGAUCAGUUGGUUACAGCAUUACAAAGUGGUGAAAUAUUUUCGGAAGAAUUGUCACGUUUAAGGACAUCAUUUCGUGCAUGUAAGGAGCCAUCAAAAUAG